UCUUAAGUAGUUGAAGACGGAUCCAGCCGUGCGUGUGUGCUUCUGUGUGCGCAUUUCCAAUGAUCUUGUGAAUGUAUUCGUGAGGCUCAUGGAUUAUCUUGACGACAUCCAGCGGAGGCGAGGUGGGAAUCGAGUCGAAAGUUGAUGGACGCCGAUACCUUUGGAUACUUUCUUCAGGAGCAUGUUGCUCCUCUGUUUUCUCCUCCCUGUGGUAUCCAGCCUAAGCUACAGCAGUCGUCGCAUAUCCCCUGUGCCCCUGGGGCCCUCGGAGGCGAGGGCCCCCACAUUCGAUACAAACAUCGCUCUCAAUCUUCUCAACUUCGCACAACAGCUGUUAUCUGCUCCUCGCACUUGCUUCUACCAGGGCAACAGCUACUCCUGCGGUCUGAGCAUUGGCUGUUGGCUGCAGGGAAAGAGGUCCAUGGACCUGUGCAGUGGAGGGGUGGUCUGGUCCUGCUGCGUGCCAAAGAAUGCCGAACCCAACAAGGUGGCUAUCGUCAAGUCAGCAACUUGCGGAAAGACCUACAUCAGAGAUUCAAAAAUAGUUGGAGGAGAAAACACAACAUUUGGAAACCAACCUUGGCAUGUUGGGGUGAUCAAGAGGGCGCUGAUGUCUCAGAAGAUCGCUUGCGGCGGAGCUCUGAUCCAUGAGAAGUGGGUCAUCACAGCGGCGCACUGUGUUUACAAAACCCCUGCAACGACACUGCGCGUGCGCGUAGGCGAAUACAACAUCCGAGAGAAUUCAGAGCAAUUUCCUCACGAAGAAUACAGUGUAAAGCGCAAAGUAGUGAAUGAGGACUACGAACCUGCCACCUACCGGCACGAUAUUGCAUUACUAGAGCUCUCCCAUCCGGUGGUAUACAGAAAACACAUUGUGCCCAUUUGCCUACCAGAGAAACUGGAUAACUUCACAGGACGGUUGGCAACUGUCACAGGGUGGGGGAGAACUAGUUAUGGUCGUAGAACACCUCCAAACAUUCUUCAAAAGGUCAGUGUAGAAGUGAUCGCAACUGACACCUGCCAAGAAUGGCUUCAAAUAGCAGGCAGAAAAGAAACCGUUUAUCCCACCAUGAUUUGUGCUGGCUACAAAGAAGGCGGGAAAGAUUCCUGUCAGGGCGAUUCCGGUGGUCCCUUGACAAUCAGAGAAGACGGUCGAACGACUCUCAUAGGACUGGUUUCCUGGGGUGUCGGAUGUGCUAGACCCAACCUACCUGGAGUUUAUACUAAAAUAACGGAAUAUCUGGACUGGAUCCGUAUUCAUAUGAAAUCAUAGCAUUUAAUUCCACGUCCUCGUCACAUUUUUCUCCAAAGCAUUAAGUUUGCAUCAGACUAUAAUAAUUUCAUUUGUGAUUAAAUGCUGGAGACUUUCCUAGUCCAAGAAGGAUAAAAUUAUACUUUGAUGUAUUAAGAUAAUCUUGUUCUUCAUGGGCAAAGAAAAUGUGAGCGUGGUCUUUCAUACUGGCUGAAGUUAGCUGUAAUGAGACUUUUGGCUCUGAUAUAUCGUGUAAUGGCAUUUAAACUUUUAGACGUAUUUUUAUCAUCAUGUGAAUUGUAAACAAGAACUUAAUUAGGAAGUACACAUAUUCAUUUGGCUAAAGAAAGCUGUUACCAAGAAAAUAAUAAAAAAAAUAAAUAGUCUGUCGUAAUGAGUGCUGGAUGGUGAAAUCAAUUUCUGAAUCACGAACGCUUCAUCUUUUAAAAACCGUUAAAACUGUUAACUGCCUUUAGUAAAUUAAUUCCUUUUACUCUGAGUCGGAAUUGAAUUUUUUCUAGUGAUAAUUUAAAUUUAAAAAAUAUUUUGAGCUAAAUUUCAUUUUACGAAAAAAAUAAGAUGAGUAAAUUAUUAUCAAACAAGUUUUUAUUCAUGUAAAAAAUGAGUUUUUAUCGUUUGCUUUAUUCAAUGAACGAUAAUAUUUUCAGAAUUAUCUUUCAUUUAAUUUAAUAGCGUGGAGAAGAAAAAUCAUGAAGGAAUAAAAAAAGCUAAAAAUUAGGUUAAAAUAAUUAAAAAAUAAACAUAUUAUAAUUUUAAUUAAUAAAAGAUCCGUUAAGUUAAUUUUAAAAUAAAUAGUAUGAAUAGUUACAACAAUUCAAUCAGAAUAUUUUUCUGUAUACUGUUAAUGAAAAAAAUGAAAAAUUAUAAACAUUUCAAAUUAUUAAAAUUAUGUUACGAACAAAGUCUGUAUUUCAUCUUAGUUUUAAUAUUUUUAAAGAAAUGUUACUUAAAAACAAUAAUUUUUAUAAAAUGAUACUUUUCUACAUUGAAUAGUUUUAUUAGCUUUAAUUAAGAAAUACUUUCAUAAGAGAAUAUAUGCUACCUUUUUUAGGUGCUUAAAGAUUCAUUCAAAUUUAUUUCUUUUAAAAAUUAAGAAUUUAACGUUUUACGAAGAAAUUUCUUUUAAAAAUCGUCAGAAUGUAACAAAACCUUGACAAAAAAUAACAGUCAAGAUCUUGGUGGAGAAUGUAUUUAAAAAAAGACCCGCAGUCCAGUUAAUCUCCAGUUAAUGAAAAUUAAUAAAACUUUGCGAAAAUAGCUUUGAAGUGUUUAUAAAAAUAACGUUUAGAAAUCAUCAAAAUACUAAGAGCCAUCAUUUGUGAUUAAGAUGUAUUUAAAAAGCACACAACUUGAAAACAGGACACUGUUGCAUUCAGAAUUCAUUUUAGAACGCAGGUGCAAUACUUCUGUUUUUCCUUCUCACAUUGUUAUCUGAAUAAAUACGUAUAAACAAGACCAUUCAAACUUUUGAAUAUCAUAUGACCAGUUUAUAUUUUCUAUUGUAAAUAUAUAUAUAUAAAUAUUUGUUUUUAUUCUUUGUUGUAGCUGUCUUGUAAAUAUUAAAAUAUUCGAAGCUAAGAACGUCAAAAACCGUUUGGUUUACUGAAAGAGUCAUUGCCCUACUUUCAAUGUGUAAACCUUCUUCAAUAAGGCAAUGAAAUUAGCCUUGAAUACUUCCGGAACGAUUUUGUAGUAGUAGUAUUUCCUCAUCACAAGUCAAGUUGUAAAAUAUCAGCUUUUGCUUCGAUUAAGAUGCCAAAUAAAUCGUAUUUAAGCUGGACUUAACUAUGUAUAAAAUGAAAUGGCUUUCUUAGCUCCAUAAAUGAAGAUCGAAAAAUUUUUGUGAAUUUUAUAAAAAGGCAUAAAUAUUAAUCAUAUAAGAAAGAUUGUGAAUAAAAAGAUUUAUGAACUUUUCUG